AUGGCGUUUUUCACCCGAAGAAUGAUCGUCGAGCUUUUUAUUAUUAUUCUAGGGCUUGUAAAUCUGAGCCGCGGGGAGGUUAAUCUCAUCAAUGAGAUUUCCAAAUUCCCAGCAUGUGGGAUAUCAUGUUUUACUUCAGUGAUGGGGAACACCUCAUGUCCUUUCACCAACUCAACAUGCGUCUGUUCUGAUACAGCUUUCAUUCAGCUGGCACAAAUUUGUGUGGUUUCAAAGUGUCAAGCAAGUGAUGCGCUCAAGGUUGCUCAGGUCGAGGCUGCAGCUUGCGAGCGAACGAGCCGUUCGCGGAAACAUGUUCUCUUCUUGCCCCUUAUUGCGGAUGUACCUGCUUGGUUCUGCCCCUGGAUUCUCCUCUACUCAAGAAUACUCACAAUGGGCCGGUUGGAGCUAGAUGACUACAUGGUACUUGCAAUCGGGGCUAUCUACACCCCGUUACUUGUUCUCGGGAAGUACACUGGAUAUCUUGCUUUUGGUGUUGAUCUGUGGUCUCUCGACUAUGAUACGAUUACGAAAGCUCUCAAGAUCUUCUUUGUUUGCGAAAGCUUGUAUCUAGUGGCACUUGCUCUAUGCAAAAUCUCACUGGUCUGCUUCUAUCUACGCAUCUUCCCCAACAGGAAAUUUCGAAUUGCAGCAUUCACCGUCAUCGCAUUGAUCACAAUACCUACGAUUACCUUAGUCUUCCUACAGAUCUUCCAAUGCAACCCGGUUCAGUGGGCUUGGCUGGGAUGGCGGUUGGAAUACUACCGAGACCGCUGCUCCGACGUCCACCUCCUCACCGUGCUCGCCGCCGGCUUCAGCAUCUUCCAGGAUGCCCUCGUCAUCACGCUACCGCUGCCCUUGUUGUGGAAUCUCAAGAUGGCGAGGAAGGAGAAGUUUGGCAUCUUCGUCAUGUUCAGCCUGGGCAUCUUCAUCACCAUCACGUCGUGUAUCCGGCUGCAGUACAUCUCACGAUCCGGCCAGUCCGUGAACCCGACUUGGGACUAUACCGAGACGAUUGUCUGGACGGGGAUCGAGCUCUCGGUCUCCAUCAUUGUGGUGUGCCUACCUGCAAUGAGAAAGCUUACGAAACGCUUCAUCCCUUGGCUUGCGUCUACCAUAUCGAGUGGCAGUUAUGGCAAGGAGACGACCACGGGAUCGAAUUCUACCCGGACGCGCAGGGACUUCCAUCAGAUUCGCGACAACCGAUACUACAGAUCCCACGACAGAGGCCAUGUAGGUGAGAGCCAAGUUGAAUUGGGCGAGGGGAUAGAGUUGGAAACGAGAGGAGGGCAGAGAGAGGGUUCAAGAGCUGCUGUGACGAGGAAGUUCGGGAGUGACGAGCAGUUGGGGGGGAUCAUGGUGACCAAGACGGUAUCCGCCGUGUCUGAGCGUGAUGAUGGUCCAUUUUGA